AUCCCUAAACCCGGCGGACUUCUUGUUUCUGGGAUUCCGAUAAAACUUCUGACGGAUAUCCGAUCAAUAGAAGCAUGGGAGGCCAUGGCGGUCUGAACAUCCUCCCGCAGAAGCGAUGGAACGUCUACAACUUCGACAACCGCGAGAAAGUCCGGCGCGACGAGGAGGCCGCCGCUCGGGAGGAGCAGCUCAAGCGCGACGAUGCCCGGAAGCGCGAUACCGAAUUGCGGCUCGAGAAGCUCAGGCAAGCGCGUGGAUUGGCAUCAUCUUCCUCGAGCCACGCCCCCAAACCCCCUUCAUCCGAAUCGGAACCCGAAACGAGAUCGGAGAAGGAUUCGAACCACAUCAAUUUGUUCCAAGGGAUCCGGAUUUUCGAUCCGGUUGAGGCGAAAUCUGGAUCUAAAGACCAGCGGCCUGUUAAGAAGGUGAAGAAGGAGCAGCCGCCGAGGGUCGUGACUGCGGAGGAUGAGAAGUAUAAACUGGGAUAUGGAAUUGUUGGGAAAGGAACGAAAUUGCCUUGGUACAUGGAAAGGCGUACAAAUAAUUCUGAUGAAAAGAGCGAUGAAGAGGAUGAAGACGAAUUGAUGCCAGCUAAGAAGAAGAGCAAUGGUAAGAAGACUGUGGAGGAGCUGCGUAAAGAGCGGCUCGAAAGGGAGAAACUAGAGAAACAGAGACAAAGUGCUCUGCUGAUGGAGAAGAGCCGCAGAGAUGGAGGGUUCUCCUUACGAAGAUGAGAAAUUGCAAUUUCAUGCUUAAGGAAGCAUGGCAUCGUGAUACAUUACGUUCUGUGCCGAACUCUGCACUGGUGUAUACGAUCUAAGCCACUCAGUGUGAUGGAGGAUGAUGCUGUGCCUCUUCGGUUAAGGUUCACAUGACUAAGGACUAUGAGGUUCGUACUUUCAUUGGUUCAAAUACAAGAACUUCGUGCUGUUUUUCUUAACCCAGAAGCCGGUGUAUGUUACGGGACUAAAACUUCUGUAUUUUAGUGAAGGAAGCCUUUAAGGUUGUUUUCUUACACUCCCAAACACCUUAUCAAUUUAAUUACUCUACCAGAAUAUGUAUUUAUGUGAUUAUAGAUAGUAGUAUGAUUCCUUUGUGUAUCACCGGCUCAAUUCAUAUAUCUAUAAGUGUAUUUAUAAGUGUACUA